CGACGCGAUUUGAUCAGAAUUAUUGAAGGAAUUCUUUCUAGUCUUUCAAGCUGGUAGAAUCCAAUCUGAAUUUUACCAUCCUUCAUUAUCAUAUGCUCACGUCAUAAUUCCAUCUCUGUAUACAAAAUGCCACUUUCCGAUAAAGCUUUGACGAGCGCACUCUCCAAGACUGUUCGCGAUGUAUUUCACAGCGACGAGAAAGAUAAAUUAAGUGUACGAUUCAUUAGAACAAAAGUAGAAGAAGAAUACGAAUUGGGGGAUGGUUUCUUGAAUGAAGGGAAGUGGAAGGAAAAAAGCAAGGGAAUUAUUAAGGGCGAAGUUGACAAAUUGAUGCAAGGAGAUGAAGAAGAGGAAGAGGAAGAGCCUGUGAAGGCAAAGAAUAUCAAGAAAACCCCUGCCAAAAAAGCUACACCUGCUGCGAAGCCAACGAAACGAUCUUCUGCCGAAAAGAAGGCACCCCCUCCAAAGAGACAAAAGAAAGAGAAAACUCCCGUUUCUGAAUCCGAACUUUCCGAGCCUGCGGAAUCAGAGUUAUCAGAUAUUGGUUCCGAAAUGAGCGAAGACGAGCCAAAAGCGAAACCAAAGAAGCAAGUUCACAAGACUGCCAAAGCUGAUUCAGAUGAUGAAAUCGGCGACAAUGAAGAUGAGGUAGCAUCCAAGAAGACUAAGAAACCAGUAGCGAAAGAGGCGGUAACUUCUGGCUCUGAAUUAUCCGAUAUUGAAUCGAUCACUCAACCCGAGGCAAAAUCUCCUAAACCCUCGUCUCCAAAGAUCCGCGAUUCAUCCUUAUCCUCUCUCCCAAAAACAGAAGACGCCGCGGGCAACGAAUCUGACUCCUCUGCCAUGUCUGUCGUUCUCGAUGGACCUUUAACCACUAAAUCUCGUGCCAAAAAGUCCAAAUCUACUUCGUCCAAGCCCUCUAAAACAACAAAGACUGCGAAACCUAAAGCCGCGAAGGCCAAGACCACGGCAGAACUUACACCCAACGAACAGUUGAUUAAAACACUUCAAUCGCAACUUGUCAAGUGUGGAAUUCGCAAAAUUUGGGCUUUCGAACUGAAGAAAUAUGAAACAGAAAAUGAGAAAAUCAAGCACUUAAAGAACAUGCUGACGGAGAUUGGUAUGACUGGACGUUUUAGCGAAGGCAGAGCCAGAGAAAUUAAGGAGAUGAGGGAAUUACAGGCAGACUUGGAAGCAGUAAAGGAGGGCGAGAAAGCAUGGGGAAUGGGAAGAAGUUCUAGAAGAAGUGGGAGUGGUGUUAAAGAGGACAAGAAGAAGAGUGAGAUCAGUGAUGAUGAUGAUGAUGAUGACAAAAGCAAGAGCGGCAGUACUAAAAAUGAUGACGAAGAGAGUGAGGAUGAUGACGAUGAUGAGGACAUGGAGGUUUCUGUUAGGGCUAGAAGAAAGAAUGAUUUGGCAUUUCUGGGUAGUGAGGAGAGUAGCGAUGAUGAUUGAGCGGUUUGACUACUGAUCUACCUUUUGUCGAAGGGUUUGUACAAAUUAGGGGGGAAUUUGGAAUGGAAAUGAAAAUGGGAGUUACAUGGUAUGAAGGUCAUGGUUAUGAUAUCUUAAAUGCUAUUGACGGGUCUGCAUUUGUAUAUCGCAUAAGGGUUAUAGGAUACAAUAUACCUAAUAUCAAGUGGCAGAAUUAUACGAAAA